GCCAGACGCAGUGACGUUGGCGGGGCCGGCGGGGCGGUGAGGGAGGUGCCGCCAUGGCGAGCCAGUCGCAGGGCAUCCAGCAGCUGCUGCAGGCCGAGAAACGCGCCGCCGAGAAGGUGGCCGAGGCCCGCAAGCGAAAGAAUCGGAGGCUGAAGCAGGCAAAAGAAGAAGCCCAGGCAGAGAUUGAGCAGUACCGCCUGCAGAGGGAAAAGGAGUUCAAAGCCAAGGAAGCAGCGGCACUUGGAUCUCAUGGGAGCUGCACCACUGAAGUUGAGAAAGAGACCCAGGAAAAGAUGAGCGUGAUCCAGCAGAACUUCCAGAAGAACCGCGAGGUGGUCCUCUCGCAGCUGUUGUCACUAGUGUGUGACAUCAAACCUGAAAUCCAUGUGAAUUACCGCAUCAAUGGGUAGUAGUGGAAGAAGGAAUAAGCAUACUGGAAAUGCUGGUAGUAAUGUCUGAGCUUCAGGUGGAAUGUACAGCUCUUAGCCAUACCUUAACAGUUCUUGUAAAUGUGUUAAAUUAUUUCAGUGAGUUGUAGGUCAUCAAUAUCUUGUUGGAGUUCUGUUAGCUUCUCUCUUGACACGAAUUCAGAGCUUAUUCAAACAUUAAAUGGCCAUGUCUCAAAUCUGUGCUAAGUUAUUAAAUAUAUAUUCAAGUUGGCACGUCAUUAAUGCUCCCUUUUUAUCUGGAUAGUAGUCAGUGAGAGGUUUUCCUCUGAGAAGUAGGAAGAAUAAAGAGAUGCUGGCCAGGUUUAAAUGGAGAGGUGGUGUCAGUACUUGUUAGACCUGUGCAACUGUAUUCAUGUUGACCAAAAUGCAUUUUUCGGUGUGGUGUUAACCUUUGUAUAGGGGUCAAACCUUUUAAGAAGAAUUCUCUGGCAGUACAGUGCUGGCCGAUCAUUUUCAGGUGCUUGAGUUUCUCUGUAUUGAAUAUUCUCUGUAUAUUCUGCUGUUAGCUUGAGUUACGAGUCUGGCACUAUGACAUUUGAAAGUAAAAACACUUACUUAAUUCCAAA